CGGAAAUGCAGUUCCAACAACGUCGAUGAAGAUAUGGUCGAGAGUAGCAAGACAGAACAGAAAGGCUGUCCUUCGUAAACAAGGACGUGCUAUCAGACUUGGCGGAACGCCACCGUCUCUAAGCCGUUGAUAUGCUCUGGGCAGGUCAAAUUUGAAUUUCAGACCAUGGGUCCGUGGGGAUUCCCAGUCAGUUUCGGAAGCGUUCGAGAACCCACACGAACUUUAAAUAUAGAUUAAGCAAAGACCUAUGAUCAGCAUAAAAAGGCGACAAGCGCGUCGUUUUGCAUAGCCAAUUUCUUGUCGGUGCUAAACUUACAUCACGAUUCGGGGUUCACAACAUCAUAUACCGGCUUCGAACCUGCUCAAUAUGCAAGGUGCAGGUUCAACUUCCAAUGUGGCACUACCGAUAUCUAUCGAUAGUGACAGCAUAUUGGUCCCCAAUUCCGCACUCGGCAAUGAUCAUAUUGACGAAGCCUAUGGGAGCGGAAGUAACACUUCAUCCGCAUUUACAACAAUUGCCUCGACCGACAUUGAAACUGUGCAAGAAAAUGGCAGAACGUAUCACGGGGGAGGAUCGUACUGGUUCCCGAAUGACGAAACUGAGAAUUCUCGACAGCGUCUCAUGCACCAUAUUUUCCGGAUUGUUUUCAACGGGAGACUAUACUUUGCGCCAAUCGAGACAGAUGGCGCUAAAGUUAUUGAUCUGGGUACAGGCACAGGUAUUUGGGCAAUAGAAUUUGCGGACUGUUAUCAAGAGGCGUUCGUUCGAGCCGUUGAUAUAAGUCCGAUGCAGGAAAAGAUGGUUCCCCCGAACCUUGAUCACAUAAUUGAGGACGUUGAGUUGGAUUGGAUGGAUCCUGAGAAUUACUGGGAUUACGUGCACACUCGCAACACUAUCCAGGCCUUUCAAAACCGAAAUCUUCUCUUUCAGCGCGCCUUUUUACAUCUCAAACCCGGAGGCUGGAUGGAAUGCCAGGAAAUUGACCACUUUCCAAAAUGCCACGAUGGUAAAAUGGCUGUGGACAACGAGCUAUUGAAGUUUUGUAAUCUCGUUGCCGAUGGUCUUGAGAGACAUGGUGUAAAAUUGAGGGAAACUUGCAAGCUGAAAGAUAUGAUGAGGGCUGCGGGAUUUGUCAAUAUUGUUGAACAAGUGUUUCAUAUGCCAAUUGGAUCCUGGCCGGAAAGCAAUUCUCUUAAGAAGGUCGGAUGGUAUUGGCAGACUGCGCUCAUUGAAGGUCUUGAGGCAACUGCUCUUGCACCUCUGAUCAAGGGAUUGGGUUGGAAGAAAGAUGAAGUAGAUUCAUUGUGUGAAAGAACGAGGACGGCAUGCUUGGAUAUGACGACGCAUAUGUACAUGCCAUUUUAUAUUGUCUAUGGCCAGAAGCCGUUCAAUACUUAAUUGUAGGCAAAGAAAGUAGUUGCCCACAAAUUUACAUGGGAUGAAAUCGGCUCAAUGAAUCAGAGUUCUUUGUUUUCUUUAAACUGAAUGUCAGAG